GACCUCGUGCGGGGGGCGGAGCUCCAUCAACAGGAGCUGGCUGUGGGACGAUUGCUACAUGUACGGAUUUCUCGGGAUGAGUACAACAUAGAUAUCCUCAACAUCUACCAGCAUGCCUAUCAGCAGGACUCCUCUGGAAACAACCUUUCCAAACGCCACCAGCUGUGGGACAAACUCAACACGACCGUACAGGGCUUGGCCAGACGUAACAUGCUUGUGCUGAUUGGUGAUUUCAACUGCACGCCGAAGCAUGUGCAAGGUUGCACAGGCUACGAGCUGUCGCGAGCUGAGUUGUAUGCUGAUGCAGCUGAAUUCUCCACUGUUCUGGAAGCCAACCAUCUGGUAGUGCUCAAUACCUGGUCCAGACGCCGGUCGCUGGAUACAUUUGUUGGUGCCAAGCACAAAUCCAUCAUAGACUUUGUCAUUACCAG